GGGGAGGGGGGUAACAACAACUGGUGAGUGGUUAGGAGGCGCCUCCUCCUCAUUUUGAGGACUGUUUGGGAGGAUGACGGUUCUGUGCGCAGUUUCUCCCCGGGCCUGGUCGGAGUCGUGGCUUCCUUACCCUCCCUCCCCAAACCCGUCCUGAUCCCUCUCUCCCGAGGCGCUAAGGUUUGAGCGGUACUGAGGAGUUGGUGAGGGUUGCCUGUCCAAGCGGGAGCAAAGGGAGCAGCCUCCACCUCUACGCUUUCUGCCAGUGUAGUGUGAGGGGUCGGCAUUGUGAAUGAAGACUGAGGCAUCCAGCGGAAUCGUGGUGCUGUCGGGAGAGGUAUUUACACGAGGAGUCUAACGCUGUCGGGAGUGGGGAGAUCUAGGUGUAUCAGGACUCAAUAUUGAAUAUAAUUACUUGAAAAGUACUGUGUUGAUGAUAAACAGUUUGCACUGAUCAGUCCUCUUAAAGCAAUUUACCAGCUGAAUAACAAUGCGAUAUACAGUGAAGAGUGGAUAAAGACUACUACUGUUCUUCAUACUUGGAACUGGGGAUCAGAGUGUCAUUACUUCUGUGACCCCCAUUCUUUAAUUGCAUUCCCACCAUGAAAGAUUCAACACAAGUCUUUAUUUGUUGGUUUGUCCUGCCACUGCUCCAUUUGACCCAGAGUCACAGUCAUUUCACCUGUGAACCUAUAACAAUCCACCGGUGUGAAGGUCUGCCAUACAACAUGACAUUUUUUCCAAAUAAAUUGGAUCACUUUGAUCAGGACAUGGCUGCAAUUGCAAUGGAGCCUUUUCUUCCACUUAUGAAUCUGCGAUGCUCCCCAAAUGUGAAAACGUUCCUUUGCAGUGCAUUUGUGCCAGCUUGUAUGGAAGAUCUGCAGAUCGUCCCUCCUUGUAGAAAGCUUUGUGAGGAAGUUCUUCAGGACUGUGAAAAACUCAUUGAGACAUUUGGGAUUGCAUGGCCAGAUGGGUUGCAGUGUGAUCAGUUAGAAGAUUGUGUUGAUGGCCAGCUGUCUUCAGCAGUAACUCCAACCUCAAGAUCGAUAACAGAGAAGACUUCGCAAACAAUUGUGAAAGAUUAUGGGUUUUGGUGUCCACGGCCCCUGAAGACCCCUACUGGACAUGGCAGUUCAUUUCUUGGUGUAGAUGACUGUUUGCCACCGUGCCCCAACAUGUACUUCAAAGAAGAUGAACUAAGCUUUGCUAAAUGUUUCAUCGGAGUUGUUUCCAUCUUUUGUCUAUGUGCAACUCUCUUUACCUUCCUGACUUUCCUUAUCGAUGUUCGAAGAUUUCGGUAUCCUGAGCGGCCAAUCAUUUUCUACGCAGUAUGUUACAGCAUAGUAUCUCUUAUGUAUUUUGUAGGUUUUGUUGCUGGUAAUAAUAUAGUAUGCAACAAGGCAGAUGAGAAACUGGGAGCCAUGGAAACAGUUGUCAUAGGAGCACAGAGCAAAGGGUGUACCAUCCUUUUCAUGUUAUUAUAUUUCUUUACUAUGGCAGGUACUGUUUGGUGGGUAAUCCUAACCAUAACAUGGUUCCUAGCAGCAGGACUGAAGUGGAGUUGUGAAGCUAUUGAACAGAAAGCGUUGUGGUACCAUUCUGUUGCCUGGGGAAUACCUGGGAUAUUCACAAUAAUGCUGCUUGCCUUGAACAAAGUGGAAGGUGACAAUAUCAGUGGUGUAUGCUUUGUUGGGUUGUACGACUUGAAUGCUUUGCGUUAUUUUAUCUUGACGCCAUUGUGCCUCUGUGUGGUGGUGGGAUUGUCCCUUCUGUUGGCAGGGAUUAUUUCCUUGAAUCACGUGCGACAGGUGAUCCAACAUGAUGGACGAAAUCAAGAGAAGCUGAAGAAAUUCAUGAUUCGAAUUGGAGUUUUUAGCGGCCUGUACUUGGUGCCUCUAGUUGGGCUUCUGGGAUGCUAUAUUUAUGAGCAAACCCUUCGGACAACUUGGGAAACAACAUGGGUUCAUGAUUACUGUCAAGAUUAUCCUAUCCCAUGCCCCAAUCAGGUGGAAACCUUGAUCAGGCCGGACCUGUCACUCUUUAUGAUGAAAUACUUGAUGACUCUAAUUGUUGGUAUACCAGCAGUUUUCUGGGUUGGCAGUAGAAAAACAUGUUCUGAAUGGGCCAAUUUUUUUCACAGUGCCCACAAACGAGACCCUAUUACCGAAAGUCGGAGAGUGCUGCAGGAGUCCUGUGAAUUUUUCCUGAAGCACAAUUCUAAAGUUCAGCACAAGAAGAAGCACAAAUCAAGUUCCCAUAAACUCAGGGUAAUCUCUAAAUCCAUGGGGACAUCUACUACCGGCAUGGCAAAUCAUGGGACAUCAACUUUGCCUGCAACCAAUCACGAAUCAUUUGGUGAAGCAACAUUUUCUGAGGCUAAACCUUUCCUUGAAAUCAGUGAGCAUGAUGCUUUCCUCCCUGCUAUCGCGACUGCAUUGAACGCAUCCACCGGGGAACAGGUUUCUCUCAGUUUAUCUGGACACGGGGUGACUACUGACCUUCCAGAGAAAAGGAGUAAAGGAGGAAGCGUAUCUGGCAGAGUAAGCAACCAGUCUGAAGGCUUGCAGCGUGUUCCAGAUGGACGAUUAACACCAAGAGACGACUAUGCUGAAGAACAGACAGUACAAUCUAGUUUUGUCCUCGUGCCCCACAAUCCACGGGCCAGUAGCAGCAAGACCCCUGCUUCUCUUCUCGUGCAUGCAUUGCCAGAUAUCACCAAGUUUGAAGACUCUGAGAAUGGUGACUAAACGCCUGACCAUGUUAGAUUGAUAUAUUUGGUGGCUUUUCAUGUCUUGGCAUUUGGACUAUAGCCUAUGCUUUGUGAAGACGGCAUCUGUAGCACGUCAUUUUGUGAGCUAGUUACUUUUUUUUCUUUAGUUUUAGGGAGAAAAUUUAAAUGCACUACAGAUAAGUCUUAAAUAGUUUGAACUUGAGAACUAAUCUGAAAGUCCAACUUACUACAAAUAUCAGAGGAACCUUUUUUAUACUUCCCACGCAAAUUCUUUUUUCUGAUACUGUAAAAUAUCAUGUGGUAACUCUCCAUUUAUAGAUAGUUUUGUAUUAGUGUUUAUGAAGGUGGGAGGGGUAGAAAUUGCGUUUAGUCAAUAUUGUGUCUUUAUGCCUUGUAAAGUAGGCAGUGACAGCAGUGUUUCUUUGUGGUAUCUUCUUUCUGUUCAAUUAUAUGCUCAUUUAUAAUGUUAUUUUACCUUGCAUAGUAGUGUGUAUGUAUGAAAUCGCUUGUUCACCUUGAAAUAAUGAUAAAUAGGGUGUAACACUCCCUUAGUAGCUACUGUUACCGCUGUUGUUUAUUUGUUCCAAUAAUUUGCACAAUUGUGGUAGUUGACUCAGCAGGAUUGUGGAUACUUUAUGCAGAUUGAAGGAAGAAGCAGAGAGACCUGGGAGUGUACUUAUAUCUUUUGAAUGUGUAAUAUGGCGAGUUUAGAAGUCUGUUAUAAGGGCAGGUGGAUACUUAGCUUUAUCAAUAGAGACGGAGGACAAAAGCAAGGAGAUUAUCCUAAACACGUUACUUAGGCCUCAUCUGGAGUAUUGUAGGCACUGCAAUAGUAUACGUUAGGAAGAUUGACGAGGCUUAGGAGUUGAUGCAGAAGGAAUUCAUUUGCGUAAUACCAAUUACAGUGUAUAAAGAUUUCACUCGCAUCAAUACUAGAAUUUGGGAUCAUUCUCCUUCACUCUGAGAUGGUUAUGGGAAGAUUGGAUAAAGGCAUUCAGAAUCCUUUAAUAGAAUAAAUAAGGAACAACUGUUUCCGAUGCAAUAACGAUUGGUAAUCAGUGCACAGAAUAAAGGAAUUGACAGAUGAACCUGAGGUGAUAUGAGGGGAAAAUGAAUCUGGAAUGCAGUGCCUGAAAGAGUGGUGGAAGUAGAUUCAAUAAUCAUUUCUACAAAGGAAUUGGAUAAGUACUUUAUGCAGAAACCCCACUGGAACUGUUAGGUAAGAGCAGGGAAUUGAAGUAAAUUCAGUAGUUAUUUGAAUGUUCUGGUCCACAUGUACGAAAGGAAAUCCCCUAGUCAGAGAUUACACAACAUCUCUAAUUCUCUACAGUUUAACUCUGGUUUACCAGUUCAGCUCCACUCAGAACUGGAGACUGUCAAGUUGUUGUGGUUCUGUUCGCCGAGCUAGAAGUUUUUGUUGCAAACGUUUCGUCCCCUGUCUAGGUGACAUCCU